UCGCCCCCUCCCUCCUGGUGUUAUUAAUGCACAUGUGUGAAACGUAGUUUUUCGGAGAGUAUUAGAUUUAUUUCUCGUUUCAGUGCGUUAUAUCGUUUCAUCUUAUACAAAAUAGUAAAAAUGUUUCGGCAGGUUGUCCCGCGAAUAGUACAAAAUCUCCGAAUAAUUGAAAAAAGACAAUUAUGUACUAAUUUUAACGAGAAUAUGAAACUAGAAAAAACUAUAAAUCAAGUUUCCCUAUUGGGAAGAGCAGGAGGUGAAGCGCAAAAAAGAGGUAGCGAAGAACAUCCUGUUGUUAUAUUUUCUCUUGCCACGCAUACCAACUAUAAGUAUACGAAUGGUGAUUUCGUACAACGGACAGACUGGCAUAGGAUAUGUAUUUUUAAACCAGGUUUACGCGACACUGUUUUAAAUUAUUUGAAAAAAGGACAAAGAGUAUACGUCUUAGGAAAAAUAAGUUACGGGGAAUUUAAAGACGAAGAUGGUGCUACGAGGUCGAGUACUAGCAUAAUAGCGGAUGAUAUAAUAUUCUUCCAGAUUUAAACUAUUAUUACAUUGCUCGUCCACUUGUAAUGAGUUAUACAAUAAACAGUUUGUAAUUUUCUAAAAUUGUACAGAUUUUAUUUUCUACAAAGUUUGUAAAUAGAAAUGAAAUAUAAACUUUGUUGGCAAAUUGUAAGGGAAGGGGAUUGUAAAUGCUGGGAGAUAAAAGAAUUUUCCAGGAUAUCGAUGCUCUUUAAAAAUUCUACAACACAUGCGUGAUACACAUGUAUAUGAUAUAUUUCUAAAGAUAAUAUGACAAUCCGAACUAAGAUCGUAAUCGAGAUCGAGACAUGGAUUUUUGCAUUGCAUAGGGUAUAUUCUUUUUGGAGCGUCCAUUUUUAGAGUGAGAUGUACAUUCGUAUGUAACCAUGUGUGUAUAACGUUUAUGGAUUGACACGUAAGUCUAGUACUUACGAAUAAAUAAUUUUUAGAUACAAUCAC